AUGAGUGUUUUAUAAUCGUCUUCUGAGCCCAUGUCUAUGGCAGAAUCAAUUGUGCCUUAUGUGUAUGAACAAGGUCCGAUACUUAACAUAGUGAAGAAUGGAGAUGAAUUAGUCAAAAGUUCGCACUUUGAAGAAGCUUAUGAAGUUUACAGCUAGGCACUUCCCUUAAUAUAUUAAAAUUCAAGGCCGGAAGUUAUAGAACCUACAACAGAAGAUGUUCUUUUAGGAUUAGCAAAGUGUGCUUUAACUUUGAAUAAACUCUCCGAGAGCAAGCAUUAUUGUUUUGAGGUAGUGAAUUCUUUGAAUUUCACUAGAUUUUAAAGAGUUAUCCCUAGCAUCCAUAAGCUCUCCUGUAUUUAGGAUUAAUUUACAAAUAAGAGGGCAAUGAAAAGAAAAGCGAAAAAUAUAUGAAAUUAGCUUACAGCUCGAAUUAAGAUACGGAUAUCAAUUCAGAAAAUUAAUUAUUACUUCAAAUCUAUAGAUAAUAUUCUGAUUAAUCCAACAAUUAUUCUUCAGUUUAAAAUAGCAGAGAAUAAAAAGAAUCUACAUAAACUCAAUCAAAUGAUUUGUUGACUCAAAUUGUUGCAUCAACCAUCUUAGGAAGUUUAUCAACCACAGUGAUUAACUGGAAAAGAAGAUACUCUUACACUAAUAUAUUUAUUAGUGCUUGGAAUUCCACUUGCAUCUUUGGAUGUCUAAGGUUGAGUUGCUUCAGAUUAAAAUACCUGUGUUUUGGAGUUUACAUGCUGAGCAUAUUAGCACUAUAUUUAUAUUAAAGAUAUUUUUGA